UUCAGAGAGCGAACUGUGCAAUAAACAAAAAGAACCGCAAGUCCAAGUGCCAUAAAAGGAAAGUACAAUAACCGUGCAGCAUUGGCGCAGCGAAUAAAGAGAGAUCGGAAAAAGGAAGAAAAGAAGGGGAGAAAAGAAUAAAAUGCUGCUGCUCUAUGCAAAAUAUGUGUUUAUCUUCUGGGCGCUCUUCGAAAGCUAUCGGGGUCAGGUGAUGCUCAUGCGCCAGCUCUCCGAGGAUGAGGCGCUGCUCAAUUUGACCGCCUGCUCGAAGAACUGCCUGAUUAAAAUGCCACAAAAGAACUUUACUGGCUGCUAUGAAUACUGUAAGAACGACAAUUCCAGCGGUUUGAUGCCGACAAAAGUACGUAAGAUACAGGAGAAUUUCCUUUUAAAGCUCGUCUGCCGCACGGAGUACAAUUUGACAUUCCGCAUCAAUUGGGUGCAGCAUGCGCGGCAUGAUUCCAUACAAAGUGCUCCAGAUGCCAUGUUUAUCAUCAGAACCGAUGCAAAAUUAAUUGAUUUGGAAUCCUUCCUCUAUUUGUCGGAUGACAGUUUCUUUACCAUACCCGAGCUGGAAUCAAAUACUACAUAUAAUGUUACGGCGUUGGCUGUGCACGCCGAUGGCGCAUAUUCCUUUAUAGCCAUCGAGGAGGGCUUUCAAACAUUGAGGCGUGGCUAUCAGCCCAGCAAAAUGGGCGAGGUUAGGCUGAAGCAAUUUCAAGAGCAGCCCGACAAUUUGCAUCGCAUCGCAGCGGUGGUCGAAUGGCAGCCGUCAGCAGAACGAAACUGUUACUUUGAUAUGAUAUACUAUUCAACGGAUAGCCAAAGCAUGGAGGCGCCCACUCCAGUUCAUUUUCGUGAUCCCCGCCAGCUGUAUAGUUAUACAAUACCCAAUAUGGAAUUUGGGGAGCAGUUCAGGAUUGGUGUGCGUACAGUUAACGACAAGAAUAGCCUAGAGAGUCCAGUGCAGUGGCUCAUACUGCAGGCGCCAAGCUGUUUGGAUUGGUUUGAUUACAAUUAUACGCUCUGCGCUCCACUUAAGCCGAGCAAUGUCAGCGUUCAGCAGCAGCAUUUCGAUCAGGAUGUAUUGGCCUUAAAUGUCAGCUGGUCACUGCCCCGAUAUCUGCCGGAUUACUAUACGCUGUACAUACUCGAUCUGCACACGGACAGCGAACAGGCCAAGUACACAGUGGCAGGCAAUGCCAGCCAUUUCUAUAUAUCCAAUAUAACUGUGCUGGGUACUAACUUUGAGGUGCAUUUGGUGGCGCACACAGAGGGCGGCCAGAAUGCGUCCAUGCAGUUUUUGAGCAAGGCACCGCUGGAGGUCUGGAUGAAAGAAAGCAGCGUGAUUAAGUUAAUACUCUUCCUUGUUGUGCCCGUCUGUUGCAUACUCGCUUUGUGCUCAAUGACGCUGCGCAAGCACAGACGCCAGGAGUGCAAGAAGCUGGAGACCAAGGAGCUCAAGUCAGCGCCCAAUCAGGCUACCGAUUUUCAUCUUUCAUUGAUCAACAACAGCAGCCUGUUGGCCACGCUCGCCACCGAAGAUAACUUUGAGCUCGACGAUGAACUGGAGGUGGAGCCACAUGCUGUGCUGCUGCAGGAUGUACUUGGCGAGGGUGCCUUUGGCCUGGUGCGCCGUGGCGUCUACAAGCAGCGUCAGGUGGCCGUCAAACUGCUCAAAGACCAGCCCAAUGAGGAGGAUGUACAGGCUUUCAAGUGCGAAAUACAAAUGCUGCGCGCCGUUGGCAGGCAUCCAAAUAUUGUCGGCAUUGUGGGCUACUCGACCAGGUUCAGCAAUCGCAUGAUGCUGCUCACCGAGUACUGCGGACUGGGAAGCCUGCAGAGCUUUCUACGCGACGAAUGGAAGUUCCAGCAGGAGCGCAGCGCUCAGAACAUGCGGCUUAAGCUAAACGCGGCAAAGCAGCCGAAGGCACAGAACACAACGCAUCAGCAGCGCUCCAGACAUCUACUGUAUAAUGACACACGCAUUGAGGAUAUUAAUGGUUCCAUGUUGUCCACACUAGAGGAGGAAUCGGAAACGGAUCUGUCGCGAAACAGCAGCUGCCUCGAUAGCUACAAUUCGACCAAGGCAACGCUGGCUGCAGACAACAAAUCUUAUGGACUGCAUGAGAUUGAGAAUAUUGAUGCGAAUGCGGCGGCCGUAUGUCUGAAGACCAUAUUGAAGCGCAACCAAAAGGAACAACCGCCUGGCAGGAGCUGCACGGUGAGCUUUGAGAAUAAGGAGUACUUUGAGCCUCCUGCAGCCAAUGAACAAAUGGAGAGGCAGCCGCUCAAGUAUGCCGAUCUGCUGGACAUUGCACAUCAGGUGGCCGUAGGCAUGGACUUUCUGGCACAGAACAAGAUUGUGCAUCGGGAUCUGGCGGCACGUAAUGUGCUCAUCUCUCUGGAUCGCACCAUUAAGAUAGCAGACUUUGGCCUCAGCCGUGAUGUCUACCAUGAGAAUGUCUAUCGAAAAUCCGGUGGCAGUGGCAAGCUGCCCAUCAAAUGGCUCGCACUGGAGUCGCUAACCCAUCAGGUGUACACCAGUCAGAGCGAUGUCUGGUCCUUUGGCGUGCUGCUCUAUGAGAUCACAACGCUGGGUGGUAUGCCGUAUCCUUCAAUUUCGCCCAGAGAUUUGCUGCAUCUGCUGCGUCAGGGACUGCGCAUGAGACGACCCGAUGGCUGCACGGAUGAAAUGUUCGCACUGAUGGAAAGCUGCUGGUGUUCGGUACCCGGCAAUCGCCCCACUUUUGCCGAGCUUAAGCAGCGUCUGGACAAAAUGAUAGUGGCCACCAAGGAGGUGCCACUGCGUCUGCUGCAGCAGUCACGGCAACAGAAUCUGCAGACCAACGAACAAACAGACAAUCCGCAUAGCAAAGUGGAGCAGCUGCCGCCAGAUGAUGGAACCUACCUACAGCCUUUGCACUAGCUUGUGCGCAAGGAGGGAUAUUUGUUUGUAAAUGUUUUCCUUAGUGCAAUACCUUUUAAGUAAUUAGUUAGAUUUGUGUGUAGAUUAGGGGUUUAAAUUCAAUUUAUUUACAUAGCGUUAACAAAUAACAAUGCUGAUAAGCUGCAAAGAUUUUAAAAAAUAUAACAAUUUGUUGAAACCCAAAGAUUACGUUGUGAUGAUGAAAGCACGCAGAAUAAUAUGUUUAUGUCCUGUGAUAGAUUUAGUUAAUAGCUUAAAGGCAUUUAGGAAGUAAAGAUUAAUGUGGUUCAAUUAUUGGGGAGCUUUAAUCAAAGAUUUGAAUGGUCUUUAACAAUAAUAGAACGAAGCUUAGGAAACUGUAUUUUUUAUUUAACUGCCCGAGAUCAAAUCAUAGCACACUGAAAUUUGUAAGUCUUUGCUGGUAGCUGACUUUUGCUUUUUGUUCAGGCACAAAAUUCGAAAGGUCCCCCACAUAGAAAUCGUUUGGUAAUUUUCUUGAAAGUUCGGCUUUUUUUUUAAUAACAGAGCUAGGAAAUGUGCCAACACUGCUGCCGCAUGGAAUGGACGCCCUGUGCGCCAAUACCCUAUGCAUGUCCGCUCUGUCCGGUGCGACAGUUAUCCGAUCGCUGCCACGGACCGAACAGAGGGGACUACAAGCUAUUGUAUCCCUAUCCGUCGCCCAAUCGCAAGCCGAUCAAGCAUACAGAUCUGUGCAAGGACAUAUCCGAAUUGUAUACCUAUGUGGUGGCUGCCAAAACUAAAGUUAAGAGGGGCACCAAGCGCAGAGGUAACGCAGCCAACCAGGCAUCCGGCGAUAAACAGCUGCGUAUGCUGUCAACUUCUGCCUGGGAUCAAAAACAACAACGACAACAACAACAUCAGCAGAAGGCUCGAAGCCAGUCGUACCGGAGUAACGGAAUCGAUUGUGACAUUCCAGCGCCAUAUAUGGAUCCCAUACAUGGCGAGGAUACCUGGACUUGGAAAUCCCGAUAUCCCGAGCCAGAAAAAGUGCUGCCCGUGCGUGCCCGAGUGGCACCGCCCAGUGGAAAGCGGGCCAGAACUGAGCGAACCGGAUAGCUCGGCGCAGCACGCAUUUCCCGCUCAACUGCGAUCCAGCACGCACCUUUCCAAUGUCCAGUAGACAACCUUUUUGCUCCAGUAUGGUGGUCAGUCAGCUAUAAUACCACGCAGCGCCUCACCAGUGCGCGUUUCAUAGUUGUGUUAUAAAAAAUCAAGAAUAAACCAAAAUUUGUUAGUUAAAAAUAAAACUUAAAA